GCCCGCCCCCCCCGGCCCCUCCCCAUCGCGGCGCGGCCGGGAGGAGCCGGAAGGCGGAGGUGGAGGCGGCUCCAUGGCGCUGAACCUGAGCAGGAACGGGCCGGCGCUGCAGGAGGCCUAUGGCCGGGUGGUGGCCGCGGGGAGCCCGACCGACUGGGCUUUGUUUACCUACGAAGGCAACAGUAAUGACCUGCGAGUGGCUGGCACUGGAGAUGGUGGCCUGGAGGAGCUGGUGGAGGAGCUCAACAGUGGUAAGGUGAUGUACGCUUUCUGUCGGGUAAAGGAUCCCAACUCUGGCCUUCCCAAGUACGUCAUCAUCAAUUGGACUGGCGAAGGCGUGAAUGACGUGAGAAAGGGAGCUUGUGCCAACCAUGUCAGCACCAUAGCAAACUUCUUAAAGGGCGCCCAUGUGACGAUAAAUGCUCGGGCGGAGGAGGAUGUGGAACCUGACUCAAUCAUGGAGAAAGUUGCCAAGGCUUCCGGCGCAAACUACAACUUCCAUAAAGAAAGUAGCAGGUUCCAGGAUUCAGGCCCUCAGACGCCAGUGAGUUCUGUCUACCAGAAGACAAACGCCAUGUCUGAAAUCAAGAGGGUCGGUAAAGAUAACUUCUGGGCCAAAGCAGAGAAAGACGAGGAGAACCGCCGGCUGGAGGAGAAGAGGAGGGCGGACGAGGAGCGGCAGCGACUGGACAAAGAGCACCAGGAGCGGGAGCGGCAGGAAGCAGCCGGGCGUGAGCGAAGGUUUAAAGAGAGAUCCAGUGAGAUUGAUGCUCAGAAGAAAUUCCAGCAGCAGCAGGAUACCCAGAGCAGGGACAAGGAGAAGCAGCAAUGGAAGGAGCAGGAAGAAGAGCAUCAGGCCACCCAGCGGAGGGGCCUCCGGAGGAGCGAGUCUGUGGAGAAAGCUCAGGAAGCGGCAUCGCUGAUAGCGCAAAGAUCAGUGAACCCACGGGACAUCUUCAAACAGAAGGAGAGGUCUAUGCCCUCAGAAACAGCAGCCUUCGGUUCCCAACCAGGCAAGCUACGGAGCCCCUUCCUGCAGAAGGAGAGCAGCCCUGUCCACGCGCCGGCCUCCCCAGUCCACUCAGCUGCCCAGGCCUUUCAUCCACCCUCCCUUGUCCAUACCUCUGCUCGGGAGACGCCUCCAGCCUCCCCGGUUCCUGGCUCAGGUGACGCUGCUGUGCAGGACACCAGGUACAGUCCAGUCCCCCUGGUGUCCCAGCCGCAAGUGGAAGAGGACGCUCUGUAUGAGGAACCCCCUGAUGAGUCGGCUGUCUACGAAGAGCCCCCCACUCAGGAACAGCUUGAAGAUGCCAAAUAUGAGUAUGCUGUUGAGUACCAGCAAAGGCCAGACUUGGAGGGGAAAGGGUUAUGUGCCCGAGCGCUGUACGACUAUCAGGCUGCCGAUGACACGGAGAUCUCCUUUGACCCUGAGAACAUCAUCACCAACAUCGAGAUGAUCGAUGAGGGCUGGUGGCGUGGCUACGGCCCAGACGGCCACUUCGGCAUGUUCCCUGCCAACUACGUGGAAUUGAUAGAAUAAGCAGCCUCCGGGGGAAGGAGGAUGGGGAGCAGUUACCCCUAAAAGUGGCUUGAUGAAAUCUGAUUCUUCAACGUUUAAAUGGUGUGGCUUUUAAGGUGUGACGUGCCAUCACCCUGCUCCCCUGGCCCCAGGGCAGAAUCCAGCGGUGCUCUGUUGCCCUCUUCCCCUCCAGCUUAGCUGAUACUUCUUGGUGAAGGUUUGAAAUGAGCUGUGGCCAUUUGCAUAACUUACCUACAUGUUUCACUCGACAGCUGAAACCUUUUAAGGGGGAGGGACGGAUGACUCCUCCCUACCAGGCAUUCAGGAAACAAGCCCCUCACUUCAGAACAGGUGUCUCUCAUGGAGGAAAAGGGCCCCCUCGGCCAGAUCCGCGAGGGAAUGGUAAUCAGACGGGCUCCGAUUUAGCAUUCCGUGUGGCUCAGUAACCAGCGUGGAUCUGUCACUGCAGGGUUAAUGCUGCAAAGACCGACACCAAGCAGUUGGGCAAUGCCCAAGUUAGUCUUCUAUUAGCAACACCGUCUCCCUGUGCAUGCACGAUUAAAUUAUAUGUCCUGCAGUCUAGCCAGUGCGGCUGCACAGGUGGCCUGAGGUCCAGUUACCGUUGCUCGUAGAAUCCUGAUUUUUGCAUUACCUGCUAUCUCUGGGGCUUCAGCUCGCAAACUGCCCAUUGUACUGCAGUAAGGUUUGCAUUUAGCUUCCACUACCUUUGAGGUGGGAAUGAAAAGGAUGAAUCCCUGUGGCAGCUGAACACUAUGGAGCUGUGCAGCUGCAUGUCAUGCUGUUGCAGCAUCUUGCACAGUUCCUUUGGAGCAGUGGUCAGUUAUAGAACUCGGGUAAGGAUAUUUAUCAUGCAUGCAUAUGACCAAUAUUUCAUUUUCCAAUAAGUCCUCUCAGCCUCUCCCGGAGGGUUUUCCUCACUGGGGAUUACCAAUGAGUGCACAGUAACACUUUCUAUUAGCCAUGGGGACCACCCGGGGUGGCGUAGAUUUCUUAAAGUACGCAAAGUUGUCUUUUCCCCAAAGGGGAGUCUUCUGGGAAAUUGAGCCAAGCAAACCUAGGGAUUUGUAAUGAACCCCAUCUCCUUAAUCACGGUGUUCCCUGCCUUAUAUAUAAUCCAGUAACCAUCACUGUGCCCUGGAAACAAUGGGGAUCCUAACUCAGCUAUUCCUACCCUCCCUCUUUCCUACUACAAGUUUUCCUCCCUUAUGUUGCUUUAACAAACAAACAUGGUUCGAAAGAUGCUGGAGCCCUUACUCCCCAGCCCUGACUUGCCCCCUUGCCAGCUGCUCCCUCUCCCUGCAGCUGCAGAGAGAAUGUCCUGGCUUCUCCAGCCCCAAUGCCUCCCACCCCAGGACCCUUCAGCUGCAGUGAGAACUACUCCAAGCCGUUUCUGUGCCGUGUGGGCGCCAAAAGCUGUGUGUUGCAUUCCUUCCCGUCUGCUCAUCCUGCCUCACCAGCCUCGUGGGCUUGUGUCUGUGUGGACUUUCUCUCUCUCUCUCUCUCUCUCUCUCUCUCAUCUUUUCUCUUUGGAGUGCUGAUGGAAACAAUAAAGGGCUUUUCUGUGGUGAUGGCUGCAGUCGGUCACUGGGGGUGUCACUGACCUUUAGAGUUGGUGGUUUCGGGGUUCAUCAGUGUGUUAGGGCUUCGAUUGCACCCUCCCUUCUGUUCUGGUCAAAACCUCCAGCUGGAUGGUGGAGGCUUUGCAUUUGGAUACGGGCAUGGGGCAGGCAGAGCCUGUGGUGUUUAAUCAACAGAGUUUGAAUCUUAAGAACUUGUGGCCAUCUGAAAUGCCUUGCUCUUGUCACGUAGCCUCCUGGGCUUGGCCCAUCCUUGGAAAUGUUUGUGCUGUCUGCCUCAGCCCCUGCUAUUUAGGCUGGACUCCGUAGAGCAUCUCCAGCAGUGGGUGCAUGCAUUUGUACCCGCUUAGAUUGCCAGCUGCUUGACUGUCAGGCUCUCUCGGAAAUCCUGGACACAAACCAUAAUGGUGUGACCGCCUGGGCCUAUUGCAGCACCUUGCUCUUGUCCAGUAUGUCUCUUACCUGCAUAGAAUAGCUCUGGGGAAAGGUGUCUCCCUCAUCAUCUUCUGCGGGGAGGACUGAUGGAAAGAAGUCAUUCAGCAGCAGUGUGGCCUAGGGGGAAAGAGCACUGCAUUGCACUGGGACUCAGCAGACCUGUGUCCUAUUCCUGGCUCUGCAGCUAGCCUGCUGGGUGAACUUGGGAAGGCACUUCUCUGCUCCGUGCCACAGUUUCCCCAUGAACAAGGCAUCAAGAUUGGCAUCUUUGCUCCAGGGGUUGCGGGAAUGAGAUGAGACAAAAGCUGCUCUGCAGGCUAGGGUGGAGAUGGAUGGUGCUUCAAUGGGACUGGUGGUGCAAUGGGAGAAGUGGCAAAGGAGGCAAAGUGGAGGCAAUUGUGGGAUGGAGGGAGUUAAUCCGAGGAAGGGAGGAGGAAAGGCUGCUGUGGAUGGAGGUCAUGAAAGGCCAGGGACGGUGAGCAGUGUAAAAGGGAACGGAAUGGCUACCAAAAGGGAGGUUAGAGUUUCAGAGAGGUCUGUUGGCUUAACUUUUCAUUUCUGUGGUUUUGUGGCUUCAAGUCAGGGUUGGUACAUACAUAAUAUGCCAGGUUGCUUCACAAUGCAUGGUGUGUGUGUGUGUUUUUAUGCAUACAUCCAAAACAGCCAAUUUCCCAAAGCCAAAAACAACUUUUGAGCAAAAUCAAUUGAGAGGAAAAUGUUUGAACAACAAAGUUGAACAAGAAUUGGGAAUUAAAAAAAUACUUGGCUAGUUGCUCAGAAGACCACAA